GAAUGGCGCUUUGCUUUUUUCUCAAGUCUGGGGAAUGGGAAUUUGGGAAUUUUAUGAUUUGCCAUUGUUCUCGUCCUAGUUUCAGUAUUUUGCGUAUGCUAUGAAGAUGUUUUGCAGAACUUGUUCGCGGCAGAUAGUUGAUUCUGCAGCGAGAUGCCUUUUCGAGGCCCCUAGUAACGGUCUGCUUGGAAAAAUCGAAACAUUAACUGGCCUGCUCCUGAAAAGUGAUGAGAAAUUGCCACAACUCAUGUGCCAGCAAUGCGCGCAGGAUCUACAGGCUGCAUUCGAAUUUCGCAGAGUUUGCAUUGCGGUUCAGGAACGGCUGGAACUUGAGCUCGAGCAGGAGAUGGACUCUCCACUGCUAAAGGACAACGACGAUAUUGAUCAAAGUAACGUAGAAAGCGAGCCUGAACUAGUACCAAAGGAAUACGUUGUAGAAAUAUCGUCCAUUAUCGAGGAUUAUCAGAUCCAAGAGGAGAGCGGUAGCGAUCCAAGUUCCCUGAAUGGAACUAUUGUCCAAGAAGAGGCCAAUAAUGACAUGGAUGCAGAGAAACAUUCGUGCAACAUGUGUGGCCUACGCUUUGCAAGCAAAGUCGAGCUCAGGAAGCACCAGUACCAGCUACAUGAUGUAGUUCCAGCCGGCAGGAAAUUCGAUUGCAGCCAUUGUGGGAAAAGUUUUCCCAUUGCCUCUCGGCUGACUAAACACCUCCGUAGCAUUGGGGCCGAGUUGGCGCAUGACUGCCAAAAGUGCGGGGCAAAGUUUUACAGCCAAGUGCUGCUGGACAACCACACGGAUCGACGCCACAAACCACCCCAGGAGAAACAUGUCUGCCACCUAUGCGGACAGACGCUGGCCACUCGCUUCAGUCUACAGAGUCACCUGGUGCGCCAUGCCGGCACUAGACCCCACAAGUGCCAGCAAUGCAGUGCCUCUUUUUCAACGGCUGCGGAGCUCUGUUCCCACGACAGAAAGCACACGGCUGUGCGUCCAUACCCAUGUCGGUAUGAAUGCGGGAAAGAUUUUCGGUACUGUAGCGCCCGCAGCAUACACGAAAGGACUCACAUGGAUGAGAGCCAGCGUCCCUUCCGCUGCGAGUACUGCAGCAAGUCCUUCGUGACCAGGGGAGACUGCAGGUCCCAUCAAAUACAACACACCAUGAGCCGCGAACACAGCUGUAACAUCUGCAGGUUAAGAUUCAAGCUUAGGAAACAUUUUUUGGCCCAUCUGAAAUCGGGGGGCCACAAGACCCUGGAAGCGCGAGACAAAGCUUUAAAACGAAACGCAUUAGGCCCACUUUCUGUUGAAUCAAAAUUAAAAUGAAAUACAAGGCCGUGGUAAAGGAUCUCCUUUACGAUGAGGAGAACGCGGUGUCCAAUGGCAAGAAAUUAUAGGCCCUUGGUGAAUCCUCAGGCCGAUGAUUUCAUGUUACAUAAAUGUAAUCUAUAAAAAAAUAAAGUUAGAUAAUCCUGUGGAGAUUUCAGCAGAAUUUCUUCG